AUGACGAUGAGGAUGAGGAUGAGUGAAGUUGCACGUGACGACGCCACGCGCGUAUUGCAAGAAUAUCGCCGCCUUCCAUCACGGCGCGUGGAUCUCGUGGGCGACUAUGCGGGAGACGAGCUCUUCCUCAUCGAAGGCGACUCGAUGUUGCGCCGGUGCUUUGAUGACGACAAGCUCGACUUCGACGUGGGCCUGCAAUUGCUCCAUGCCGCGUGGACCGUCGAACACUUCCUCCACCAGCUCGUCAAGCGAAAAUGCAACUUCCACGUGGUCUUCUUCGACAGCAACCGGGAAUUGUGCCUCCCCUCACCCCCCCAAGCCCAAGCCUGUCCCCAGCGUGCCGCACGAUACUACCUCGCUCGGGCAUCGAUCAUUCGCCAUCUGCAAGCACACGUGCCCAAGAUCCAUCCUUCCAUUGCCAUCGACAUCUUCUCCUCUUGGCAGUCUCCAGAAUUCAUCGAGUAUCUGGAACACACCUCGCCGUACUUCGUGAUGCUGCAUGAUGGUGCACAGGCAGAUGAGAAGGCAGUCGAAGAUGCACACGCAAACCGUCCCUGGAGCCCAGACCGCAUCGCGCUUCGCCGAAUGAUCGGCGCAUUCGUGGAACGCGGCUUCAAUAUCGCCCUCGUCAACGGCCUCGAAUGGCGCGACACGAAAGUCAUGACCGACGUGUUGGAGUCGAGGAGACGCACAGGCAAGGCUGAUGAGUCGCCACAUUCCCCACCGCAACUCUCUUUGCCGCCCACGCUUGAUGUCUCCGAGUAUGCGAGCAAGCUACCCUCGGCUCUCACGCAGCGUCAACGACUCGCUAUUCUCACACUUGCUGUCAUAUCUCGCUCACGUCAGAGCUCGGGAGCGACAGCGCGAUUGAGUGCUGCCUUCCUGCUACACCUGGCCUUGCUCGCCCACACGCCCUUAUCAGCACGUCGUGUGCACGUUUCCAAGCCUGACGAAGAGACAACACUGUUCAUCGAUACACUCUCUUCCACAGCAGAGUCGAUCUUGAACAGUGCGGCCUGGCCUGAAGCGACUGCACAUGAUGAUGCCGACAGCGAUCUGCUCGAUCUCAUUGACGGCCGACUGUUUUUGAUCGUUGCCGCGACGAAGCCGAGCGUCUCUUCCGAAGUGAAGGCCACUUUCGACAAGCUCUUGAGCGCUUUACAAGCUGUUUCCGACGCAAGCGAGCUGGAUCCUAGUACAGCUGUGGAGCGGUCGACAGAGUCCACGAGAGAGUCUCCAUCGCCAGCGACAGCAAAGAGCACUGUCAGAGUCUUACCUUUCUCGAACAAGGUAUUCGACCAGCACUUGGAGUCAGUCCAAUUGAAGAUCGACUCCGGACCAGAGGGCCCCAAGACUCUAGCUGCACGCAAGAUAUUCCGGGAGGUGACGCACUGGCACAACGCGAAGAAGCCACUCGUACAAAAGAGUGUCACUGCUCCCAACACUGUGCAAGAAGCCAGGAAGAAGGCACGAGAGGACAAACGCAACCAGCUCUUCAUGGCCGAGAUGAGGACAUACGCAGCAUCGCUCACAAACGCCAUUGGCAAGUCUCUGGAACCAGAGACCGUCAUUGUCGGGGUGCCGAAGCAAAACACCAUCAGAUCUGCGACAGAGUCACCAGCUGAGUCAGAUAUGUCCGACAGUGGCAGUUCCGCAAAAGGCAAGGGCAAGCCGGGCAAGAAGGGCGGCGGUGGCAAGACUGCGGCGAAGAAUGCUGGCAAGCAGGCGAUGCUCAAUAAUAUCGCCGCUGCCAAAGCCAAAAAGGACGAGGGCACAGGCGACAAAAUUCAUGGCGCCUGGAAGGUGGCGUGUCAAGGCUUCGAGGCAGACCGGGACCCACGAGCUCGAUAUCGCAAAGCCAAGCAGUAUCUCGCAAACAUCCAGCCCGCGUGGCGAGAGAUCUUCGGAACAGAGGGCGAGCUGUAUCUCGUCAACUGCCUCCUGCUGUUCUGGAUUGAUGCUUGCCGACGCAAAGAGCAGCCGGGCCGACAGCAGGUUGCAGCACUGAUCUGGAACCACGCCAAGGUCAUUGCUCAGCAGUCGCCCCUGACCAAGUCCAUUUUCAAGUGCGUGGAGCUAACCGAGAACACUUUGAAGCUGCCGCCAUUGCCUGCAUACUCCGCUUCCCCGGUGGAUCGAAAGUUGGCGUUCGAUUUCGCAUUGCCUGCGAAAGCAGAGUCGCUGGCCAUUUCCCUUCCAUCGACGGAAUUCCAACUGCUCGAAUGCGGACCAUACCUGGAGCGUAGUUUCGAUUCCAAGCCUGAUCCUCGUGUGGACUUCAAGCCAGACGGCUGGCAGAGGAAGGUCCUCGACACGAUCGAUGCUGAGAAGAGUGCCUUUGUGGUUGCGCCAACAUCUGCCGGAAAGACAUUCAUUUCUUUCUACGCCAUGCGGAAGGUUCUGGAGGCCGACGACGAUGGUGUGCUUGUUUACGUUGCCCCGACAAAAGCUCUCGUGAACCAAAUCGCUGCUGAGGUUCAAGCGCGAUACUCGAAGAAAUUCAAGUAUGGUGGCAAGUCGGUCUGGGCUAUCCAUACACGAGACUACCGCAUCAACAAUCCCACAGGAUGUCAGGUCCUGGUCACCGUCCCUCACGUGCUUCAAAUCAUGCUUUUGGCACCAUCGCAUGCCAACUCAUGGUCGAGUAGAGUCAAGCGCAUCAUUUUUGACGAGAUCCACUCCAUCGGUCAAGCCGAAGACGGGGUUGUUUGGGAGCAGUUGCUCCUGAUGGCGCCCUGCCCAAUCAUUGCCCUCUCAGCGACCGUUGGCAAUCCGCAGGAAUUUAGCGACUGGCUGGCGACCACCCAACAGGCAAUUGGCAAGGAGCUUGUCACGGUUCAGCAUCCACACCGAUACUCAGACCUUCGCAAGUACUUCUACGUGCCACCAAAGAAAUUCGGCUUCCAUGGUCUCCCGGAUAAGAAAGCCUUCGGAUCUCUUGGUCUUGAAGGCUUGACGGGGUUCAACUUUGUUCACCCGGUAGCAGGUCUGAUUGACAAGUCUCGCGGCAUUCCGGAGGAUCUGGCACUGGAGCCCCGCGACUGCUUCACCUUGUGGAAAGCCAUGACUGAAGUGCAGACGAAGGAGCACCCUGUUCCUUCAGAUCUCAACCCCAGCAAAGUCCUGCCGGAGAUAAUCAAGAAGGUAGACAUCUUGGCGUGGGAGAAAGAUCUCAAAGCCAUUCUCCGCGCUUGGCUGAUGGAUAAGACGUCACCAUACGAUCAACUACUGCAAAAGCUCGAGCGAAGCUUCCGCGCUGACAAGCGAGAGGAAUUGUAUCGCACUUCCGAGGACAAACAGAAAGCCAUACUCAAGGUGGAGUCCGUCAAGACCUCGACCCUGCCACUUCUCUGCCGAUUGCACGAACAAGAUGCUCUGCCUGCAAUCCUGUUUAACUACGAUCGUCUUCAGUGCGAGGACAUCUGUCGAUCUGUCGUGGAACAACUUCAGCGUGCUGAGCUGAAGCAAGUCAAGAGUGGUAAAUCCUGGGAGCGGACGUUGGAGCGCUUCGAGGAGUACAAAAAGCUGAAGGCUAAGAACAACGCCAGGACAGCCAAGGCCACAUCGAAGAAGACCAAGCUGCAAGGCGACGACGACGACAAGUCUUCGAAGAUGGAUGAGAGUCGCGAAGGUGAUUUUUCCUCGAAAUGGGAAGGCUUCAAUCCCGAUGGUCCAGCUGACGGCUAUCACUUCGCGGACUACACCAAGGUUCUCAUGUCAGAGCUCGACAUUUUCUUGCGACAACUUCGCAAGCGAGAAAUUGCAGAGUGGCUGAUUGAUGCUCUGGCUAGAGGCGUUGGUGUGCAUCACGCGGGUAUGAAUCGCAAGUAUCGCCAGGUGGUCGAGAUUCUCUUCCGCAAGGGCUUCCUGCGCGUGAUCAUCGCAACAGGAACGUUGGCUCUUGGUAUCAACAUGCCCUGCAAGACUGUGGUCUUCUCUAGCGACUCAGUCUUCUUGACGGCUCUCAACUAUCGCCAAUGUGCUGGUCGCGCUGGGCGUCGUGGCUUCGACUUGCUCGGAAAUGUCGUCUUCCAGGGUGUGUCUAGGCAGAAGGUCUGCAGACUCCUCAGCUCCAGACUUCCUGAUCUCAACGGUCACUUCCCAAUCACGACUACGCUGGUAUUGCGACUCUUUUCCCUCCUUCACGAGUCAAAAGGAGCGAAGUAUGCUGUCAAUGCGAUCAAUGCUCUCUUGUCUCAACCCAGGCUAUACAUGGGCGGCGCUUCCUUCAAGGACCAGACAAUGCAUCAUCUGCGAUUCUCCAUCGAGUACCUGCGUCGACAGCACUUGUUGGGCUCUGAUGGUGCGCCGCUGAACUUUGCUGGCCUGGUGUCGCACUUGUACUUUACGGAGAACUCGUCAUUCGCAUUCCACGCGCUUCUCAAGGAAGGCUACUUUCAUGAGCUCUGCGCUAAUAUCAACAAGAACGAGAAGGAUACUCUGGAAACGUUGAUGAUGAUCCUCUCCCAUCUGUUCAGCCGCAUCAAGUGCCGUCAAGCAGAUAAAGAGUUCCGAGAAAAGGUGAUCAAGCCAUCAUCAUCCAUGGUCUUCCUACCUCCAAUGCCGGAAAGCGCCAGCAACAUCCUGCUCGAGCACAAUAAGCAGACUCUCGACGUCUACCGAGCGUAUGUGGAGACCUUCGUUGACCAGCAUAUCAAAGACGCAGACCGCACUCUGCCUCUCACUGGCCUUCAAGCAGGAGCCGAAGGUCCGAUUCCGAGUGGCAUCAACAGUCUCCCACCAUCUCGCAUCCGCUCCUCAUUCGUUGCUCUCUCUGGCGCAGAUGAUACCUUUGACAAUAUUCACGACCUCUGCCAGACCGUUCGAGACGGUGUCUUCCUCGAAGAAGCCGUGAUUCCACACAUGAACGUUUACCCGGAGGAGAUGUCAGUCCCUCUCAACGCCUACCUCCUCGAUUUCUUCAAGCAUGGUGACGUCCACACCAUCGAAAAGGCCAACGGCAUCCGCCGAUCAGAAAUCUGGUUCCUCCUCAACGACUUCUCCCUCGUCCUGGCCACAAUCAUCACUUCCCUCAUGAACUUCAUGAAACUCACCGAGUCCACCGAUCUCGACAUGCUCGAAGUGAUGGGCAACAUGGACGCUCACGAGGAGGCCGAAGACGACAAAGUCGCCGCCACUGAGUCCCAAUCCGAGGCUUCCGGCCCCAGCAUCGCAGACAGCGGUAUCGCCAUGACUGAUCGCACGAAGCCGACCAAGUCUGCUGCUCCCACCCAGAAGCAAUCUAGGAAUGCGGAGAGCUGGGAGGAUCUCAUGGGUAGUGAGAGCGAGGAGGAUGAGGAUGUCGAGCAGAAGGCUGUUGAAGAGGUGGCGGAGGAACUUGCGGCGUCGUGGGAUGGCGAGGGAGGUGAGGGGUUGAAGGAUGUUUUGAAGGCUUUUCAAAAGUUGCAUGCUGAGUUCACCGUCAAGUUCCGGGCUAUGUGGGCUUGA